AUGGAACGACAAAGAGCACCUCCUGAGCUAACAGGUGACAACUAUGCGUACUGGAAGGCCCGCACCAAAAUGCAUCUACGAGCUCAAGGGGAGAGGGUCUGGAGGGCUGUUCUCACUGGUUGGUCUCAUCCCACCAAAGAUGGAGACAAUACAGGAGAUCCUCCAGUCCUCAAACCGGAAGUGAAAUGGACAGAGACUGAGAUGACUACUGCAAGCUUCAAUCAUAAAGCGUUAGAUACUAUAUUUUCUUUAAUGCAUGAGAGUCAAUUUACCAUUGUUGCAGGAUGUGAUUCGGCCAAAGAAGCUUGGGAUGCCCUUGAAACUACUUAUGAAGGAACUGCAUCAGUUAAACAAUCCAAACUCCAAAUGGUUCAAACCUACUUUGAAGAUCUAAAGAUGAAAGAUGAUGAAACCAUAGUGGACUUUCAUGCUCGGGUACAAGAACUAGCCAAUAGGGCAAGCAUUCUAGGUGAACCAAUCACUCAAGAACGACUCGUCAAAAAGAUUCUUCGCUCACUCCCUCCAAGGUUUCGAAUGAAAGUUACAGCCAUUCAGGAGCACGAUGGAUGGGAAAAGAAAACGGUACAACAAUUGAUGGGAAGCCUACAAACUUAUGAGAUGGAAAUCUUGGGCGGACCUGAAACAAAAGGAAAAACCGUAGCAUUCACUGUAGAAGCCGCUGGAGCUGUUUCUGAUCCAGAUGAGGUAAGUGAUGAUCCAGUAGUCUUUUUAACUAAAGGUUUUCCUAAAUUGUUGCAACAGGUAAAACAAAGACAAACUGGAAAGCCUGGCAAGUUUCAAGGUCAAAAAGGAUCAGGAUCAAGUGCAAAUCGAAACAAUCAAAGAUCAAACUCAUCCAGCCAACGACCGGGUGCUUCUCGAAACUCUCAAUCUAAAGACAAAACCGGAGGCAAAGGGAUCAAAUGUUAUGAAUGUGAAGGGUAUGGCCAUGUGCAGGCUGAAUGUCCAACCUAUUUGAGAAGGAAGAAGUCAAUGAAAGUUGCCCUUACCUGGAGUGAUGAUGAUGAACCAGAAACUGAUCCAGGUUCUGAUCCAGAUGAGAUCUCCGGAAACUUUGUUACCUUUACAGCUCUUACAACUACUGUAUCUGCUUCUGCAACUGGCGAAGAAUCAGAAAUUGAAGAGUAUGUGUCAUCAGAAGAUCAAGAUUUACCUGCACCUUCAUUUGAAGUAGAAUAUAUAAAAUUGUAUGCUAAAUGGGAAAUUCUUGUAAAAGUCAAUAGGUCUCUGUCUAGUCAGGUUAGCAUUCUAGAAAAUGCCAAAAAAGUGUAUCUAUCUAAAAUAUCUGACAGGGACAGCAUCAUUGAAGACAGUCACAAGAAAGAAGAAAAUCUCAAACAUGAGCUAGAAGAUCUCAAAAAGGAACUGGAGCAACUCAAACGCAAGAUAAAAAUGAUGGACAACACAUCCACCUUAGACCAAAUUUUAGAUUCUGGUCGAAAGACAUCUACAAAAUAUGGGUUAGGCUACUCUGGAGGAAAGGACAAAGCUACUACAAUUUUCGUCAAAGCCUCAGGCUCUGACUCAGUCUCUGGAGCAGAUCAAGAUCGACCAGAAACUAGUACAGCUCGGCGUCAAGUUAACUUUGCUCCAAAGAAAACAUCAAUCAAGGUCAGAGUGUAUAAUCCUAUAUGUCAUUACUGCAGGGUACGUGGACAUACAAAACCGGAGUGCUUCUUCUUCUACAAAGACCAACGUUGUGAGAAAUACACAAACAAAUCUAUCACCCCGUUUGUCAAGCAAAUUUGGGUGAAGAAAAGUGACUUUGUAUGUCGUGUCUCUUUCCACUCUACGAGUACUAACAGAAAAGAGAGAUGGUACUUUGACAGUGGAUGCUCGCGGCAUAUGACGGGUGAUGCUAAGUACCUAAACAACAUAAAGGGAAGUACAGGAGAAGUAACUUUUGGUGACAGUGUUAAGGGAAAGAUCACUGGAACUGGCACUCUAAAUGUCACAGGUCUACCCAAACUCCCACAAGUUCUAUUGGUGGAAGGUCUGCAUGCAAAUCUGAUUAGUAUCAGCCAAUUAUGCGAUCAAGAAUGGAAAGUGUGCUUUACAAAAGACAGCUGCAACGUUACAGACUACAGAAAGAACUGUGUCAUGGAAGGUAAACGCUCUUCUGAUAAUUGUUAUAUACUUAUUAACGAUUCUUAUUGUUAUAGGUCCAACAUAAAAGAAUCAAAACUGUGGCAUCAAAAGUUAGGUCACUUGAAUUAUCGCUCACUUGAAAAAUUGAUCAAGAUUGAGGGUGUUCGAGGUCUACCUAAUAUCUAG